UUAUUAUAACCCCUUCUUCUUUAGAGAUCAAAAAGCAACACCAAUCUUCAUCCCUUCUUCCCCUUAAUUUUAUUUUCUUGAUACCAGUAACACCAUUCUAGCAAAUGAAAAUGCUCAAUCUCCCACCUCCACCCCCGUCUCCGCUUCCUCCUCCUCCUCUUCCUCCACCACCAUCAGCAUCACCACCAAGUUCACGAGGACCAACUCCCUCCAAAAAACAACCUACUCCAAUCUCACCUAUCCAAAUCACAAAAUCAAGGCGAGGUAUUAGUCCACUUACUAGAAAGCAGGACAGGCUUGAUCUUGGCACGCAAAAGUUGAGAUCUGGACUAGUACUUCAGCAAACUCGACCUCACAGGACUAAUCUGCUCGUGUGGUGCAGCGCCAUACUGUGUCUCCUCUUUAGCCUCAUUCUCAUCUUCUUCGGAAUCGCAACUUUGAUAAUUUUCGUGGCAAUCAAACCAAGGUAUCCACUUUUUGACAUAUCUACAGCCAAUCUCAACAGCAUCUACUUUGAUUCGCUAGACUAUUUCAAUGGUGACUUGAUCCUUCUUGCGAAUUUCUCCAAUCCAAAUAAGAAGCUGGAUGUGAGAUUUGAGUAUCUGGAUGUAGGUCUGUAUUUCUCUGACAGGUUCAUAGCCACGCAAACACUUCAACCUUUCACUCUAAGACAAGGAGAAAAGAGGUUGGAAUCAGUUCACUUGAUAUCAAGUUUGGUCUACAUGCCGCCGAACCUGGGCAUUCAACUUCAGAAGGAGGUACAGAGCAACAAAGUUAGCUACUAUGUGAGAGGCACCUUCAAGGUCAGAGCAACUCUGGGUUUGGUUCAUUUCUCUUAUUGGCUGCAUGGUCGAUGCCAGUUAGAAAUGACUAGUCCACCAACUGGUGUGCUACUAGGCCGCACCUGCAAGGCAAAGAGAUGACUAUCCGGAGGCAGCUUUUUCCUUGUAUAUCUUUGCUUUCAUCUUUCUGAUCAAACUUGAAUUGAUUGUAGCCUAAUCACGGGAUGAAAUCAAUUUUAAUGACAAUAUAUAGCUCACUUUCAUCAUCA